UCCGGCGCCGACGCCCAAGGAGGCGGAGCUGCGCCCGGCAAGAUGGCGCCGUCCGCACUGCUGCGACCCUUCUCACGGCUGCUGGCCCCCGCCAGGCUCCCAAGUGGCUCUUCAGCGCGGUCAAAGUUCUACGUGCGGGACCCGCCAAACGACAAACCUGACUGGCUGAAAGUUGGGUUGACCUUGGGCACCAGCGUCUUUAUGUGGGUCUAUCUCAUCAAACAAUAUAAUGAAGAUGUUUUGGAGUAUAAAAGAAGAAAUGGGUUGGAAUAAGCUUUUGAAAUACUAAUAUAGUAUGUUCCAUAUAAUGAUUAUAGCAGUUCCUCUGGAUUCACUCAUCUGUUGAGUUGUAAAUGUGAAAUAAAAAGUUACAUGUGAAUAUGUGAAGUCAGCAUUUGUGUUUUGCUUCAUUAAAUGAAAAAAAUAUAAAA